AUGAAGAACGCAAUCGUGAAGACGGAGCUGUAUGGCAUAAAAUGGCGUAAGCUGGUAUGGGGCGAGACAACCGGCGGCGGCGAUGGCGAGGAGGGCGCGGCGCCGCUCGCGGAUCCUGUCAUCAGCUCCUACGCGCGCUGCCUGGCGGGCGACAUCUUGUGCGUGUGGCGCCGCGUGCCGGCGCCGCAGCCGCCGCCCGACAACAUCUACGAGACGCCGGCGCCCGCGCCGCCGCCGCCGCUCUCGCUGCGCGCCGCCAAGGAACUCUGGAUCUUCUGGUACGGCGAGGAGCCGGACCUGAAUGGCUUGGUUGCGCCGGAGCUGAUCGCCAGCCAAGGCGAUCAGGGGUCGUGGGAGAGCGGCCUCUCUUACGAGUGCCGCUCAUUGCUGUUCAAGGCACUCCAUAACCUCAUUGAAAGAUGCCUGCUGUCCAGGGACUUCGUGAGGCUCGGAAAGUGGUUCGUGCAGCCGUACGAUGGAGACGAGGAGGAUGUCGGCAAGAGCCCGUGGCACCUGUCGUUCUCGUUCGCGUUCUUCCUGCACGGCGAGAGCACGGUGUGCGCGUCCGUGGACGUGCGCCAGCACCCGCCUGUGCGCACGCUCACCGCCAAGCGGCUGGCCAAGCUCAGCGCUUCGGAUAGCCAAGCGGACGCCAAGGUGAUCCUGGCGCCGUUCGGGCUGGAGGGCACGCUGACGGGGCGCGAGUGGAGCGACAGCGACGCCGCCACCGCGCGCCUGCUCGACGCCUGGCGCCAGCUCUACCCGCUCGAGCAGGGCUGCGGCGCUGUCGAGGUGGUUUGCGGCGCGGCUCGCAUGCGCUACCCGGCGGCGUACGCUCUGGAAACGGAUAUGCGCGCGCCGCCCGCGCCGCCCGCGCCCGCGCACGCGCUCGCCACGCGCGCGCUGCACGCGCUCACCACGCCGCGCCCGCACCAGACAGCGGAACUGUGCUACAGCACGCCGGCCGCCGAAGACUUCGUGGAGCCGACGCGGAAAGUGCCGUGUUCCUGCGCCAAUUUACGUAAACGAGACGACGAACGAUGGCUCACUUUCACACGAGACGAAGGAUCGAUAAACAGAGGUCCUCAUUAUACGCAACUAGGUGACCGCGGGACUCAGAAAAUUGACGGGGGCGGCUGCAACUCGAGCUCGGGCUCGGUGCGCGGCGAGGGCGCGUGCGGGCGCGGCGCCGGCGCCGGCUCGCCCGCCAGCUGCGGCGCCGCNGGCCCCUUGGGCGGCUGCAACUCGAGCUCGGGCUCGGUGCGCGGCGAGGGCGCGUGCGGGCGCGGCGCCGGCGCCGGCUCGCCCGCCAGCUGCGGCGCCGCNUUGCGGGAAAAAGGCAAUCUUCCCGCUUACAGUUUUAUGCUUUGGUCUACCCUACGAAAAAUAAUUAAAAAAAUUAGUCACCCCCGGGAAAGCGGGAAAAUGAUGACCCAUACNUCCGCGCCGCCCUCCGCCGGCCCGCCGCCGCCCAGCCCGCACCACCAUCAUCACCACCAGAGCGGUAACGCGAUGCCUACGACGCUGCAUACGCCGGCGCCUACGCCCGACCCGCACGCGCCGCCCACGCCCGCGCCGCCCUCCGCGCCGCCGCCCAAGCAGGAGUCUCCAUCAGCUGGCACCUGCGUGCCUCACACAGGCGGCGGCGAGUGCGCGGCCGAGCUGUCGCGGCGGCCGGCGCUGGCCUCGCCCUCGCGCCGCCUCGACCCCGCCGAGGACGAGCACUCGCUUGCUCCCACAGUCACUCCCGGCGCUGCCUCGCCCUCGCGCCGCCUCGACCCCGCCGAGGACGAGCACUCGCUGCACAUGCUCUACGACUACAGCACCGUGCUCGCCUGGUCAGUGCUCCCACAGUCACUCCCGGCGCUGCCUCGCCCUCGCGCCGCCUCGACCCCGCCGAGGACGAGCACUCGCUGCACAUGCUCUACGACUACAGCACCGUGCUCGCCUGGUCAGUGCUCCCACAGUCACUCCCGGCGCUGCCUCGCCCUCGCGCCGCCUCGACCCCGCCGAGGACGAGCACUCGCUGCACAUGCUCUACGACUACAGCACCGUGCUCGCCUGGUCAGUGCUCCCACAGUCACUCCCGGCGCUGCCUCGCCCUCGCGCCGCCUCGACCCCGCCGAGGACGAGCACUCGCUGCACAUGCUCUACGACUACAGCACCGUGCUCGCCUGGUCAGUGCUCCCACAGUCACUCCCGGCGCUGCCUCGCCCUCGCGCCGCCUCGACCCCGCCGAGGACGAGCACUCGCUGCACAUGCUCUACGACUACAGCACCGUGCUCGCCUGGUCAGUGCUCCCACAGUCACUCCCGGCGCUGCCUCGCCCUCGCGCCGCCUCGACCCCGCCGAGGACGAGCACUCGCUGCACAUGCUCUACGACUACAGCACCGUGCUCGCCUGGUCAGUGCUCCCACAGUCACUCCCGGCGCUGCCUCGCCCUCGCGCCGCCUCGACCCCGCCGAGGACGAGCACUCGCUGCACAUGCUCUACGACUACAGCACCGUGCUCGCCUGGUCAGUGCUCCCACAGUCACUCCCGGCGCUGCCUCGCCCUCGCGCCGCCUCGACCCCGCCGAGGACGAGCACUCGCUGCACAUGCUCUACGACUACAGCACCGUGCUCGCCUGGUCAGUGCUCCCACAGUCACUCCCGGCGCUGCCUCGCCCUCGCGCCGCCUCGACCCCGCCGAGGACGAGCACUCGCUGCACAUGCUCUACGACUACAGCACCGUGCUCGCCUGGUCAGUGCUCCCACAGUCACUCCCGGCGCUGCCUCGCCCUCGCGCCGCCUCGACCCCGCCGAGGACGAGCACUCGCUGCACAUGCUCUACGACUACAGCACCGUGCUCGCCUGGUUGGACCACCCAGUGAAGCGGUUCAAGACGGAGACGCCGCUAUUCCGCGAGGAGCUGGCGCUGGGCGCAGCGCUGGGAGCUGACCUGUACGCCGGGCACGACCACACCAGCAUGGCCGCCAUGCCCGCGCCGAUCGACGUCAAGCAGGAGAAGGUGGACCACGAGGACGUAAAAGAGUACAAGAACCUUUUCACGUCGGACGGACUGUGUCCCACGCUCAAGGACCUGGAGCAAAUCUUCGACAACUCCGACGACGCCAACAGCGGCGAUGAGACGGUAAGACUUCUGCAAGUACAAACGCCGCCGGACUCCAACAAGUCGGCGGAGGAGUCGCGCUGCGCCGGCGGGCGCUGCGUGCGCGCCGAGGAGCUCAGCAAGAUGUUCCCCACGCCGCCCAGCAUGGAGGCGCACGCGCAGCCCUCGCCCGGCUUCACGCUGCCCGACGACGCGCCCGCGCCGCACCAGCCCGGCGGCAGCCCGCCGCCCGACCCCAUCGAGGACUGGUCGUACGUGUUCAAGCCGCCGACGCUGUACAAGUACGUGGGCUCGUCGAAGUACGCGCCGCUGACGCAGCUGCCCAGCCAGCUGCUGCCGCCGCUCACGCUGCCGCCCAAUGCUGUGUACCGCCCGCGCGCCGAGCGCCGCGCCGACGCCGAGCGGGCGGGCGUAAAACGCAGCGCGUCACCAUCAAGCGAGUCGCGGGAAUCGAACCGAGGGCGUCGCGGCUCGGGCAGCGCGACGCCAGCGGCGGCGGGCGCGGCCGGCCCGGGCGUGGCGGCGUCGCCCGCGCCCGCGCCCUCGGNCGGCGCCGCCUCCGCCCUCGCGCGCGCCGCCCAGCGCGCCGCGCAGCCGCCGCCGCCCGACGAGCUGCGCCUCAACCUGCUCGAAUACUCUGACGGCGGUGUGGCGGCGGCGCGAGCGCUACGGGCGGCGGGUGGCGGCUCAGGCGCGGCGGGCGCGGUGCACCGCUGGCCCUUCAUCGGUGCGCGCGCGCCGCGCUCGUCGAGAGACGUCGUGAGAUUGAUGCGACGCCUCCGGCCGCUGCUCCAAGACGCGAUCCAGAAGCGGUGCUGCGGCGCGCGCAUGUGGGACGGCGUGACGGGCCCGCUCACGUGGCGCCAGUUCCACCGCCUGGCCGGCCGCGGCAACGAGGACCUGUGCGAGCCGCAGCCCGUGCCGCCGCUGCUGGUGGGCCACGAGCGCGACUGGGUGUCGCUGUCGCCGUACGCGCUGCGGCACUGGGAGCGGCUGGCGCUGGAGCCGUACGCGUACGCGCGCGACGUGCAGUACGUCGUGCUGUGCGCCGACCCCGACGCGCUCGCCGAGCCCGCGCGCGCCUUCUUCCGCGACCUGGCCGCCGCCUACGAGGCUUGUCGUCUAGGCCGGCACCGGCCGCUCUCCCGCGUGGCUCGCGACGGCAUCUACCGAGCGGCGCCGGACCGCGACCGCGAGCGCACCGACGACUGGCUCGGCGACACGCCUCCCGGCCGCCUCGGCGACUACUUACGAGCGUACGCCGACGCGCUACGAACAACACUACUCCCUCUACUGGCUUCUGUCAACCUCACGCCAGCGGCACCAGCGCCGCGCCCGCCCGCGUCCGACCAAACCACGCCCACCGCUACGGACGAAGAAUCCAACGCAGCGUCCGCUACGGGAUGCGUCAACUCCUUCGAGGAGGACGAGAGCGGGCCGCCGGCGCUAGUGUUGUAUUUAGUGGAGCCGCCGGCGUCGCACGCGCAUAGGCCCGCUGCAUUGCACGCGUUAUUGAGGCUAGCGGCGCGGGCGCAUCACCAUCUGGCGCACCAUAACCCACUAAUCAAGAUCAUCUCCCUAGAAGGCAUCUGCGAAGCGUGGGGUAUGGGCGCGGGCGCGGCGGGCGAGGGGACCGCGGGCGCGGGGGGCGGGGCUGAAGCGCGCGCGCUGGCCUUCAGCGUGUUCAGCGGCGCGCGCCGGCUGCUGGCGCACACGCCCAACGGCAAGUCGCUCACCGGCUUCGGGACCGCGGCCGACGCCAACCUCUUCCUAGGGAAUAAGGACGUGAGUUCGACACCGGGCUCCCUAUCCCAGUUCCAGCACUCCUCGUGGUAA